AUGGCUUCAGCAUUGGACAUAGACCCAACGUUCAAGCACGCACUCAAGCUACUCCAUUCAUCACACUCUGAUGCGUCCGAAAAGAUACGAAACCUUUUAGAUGAACUCAUAAAGCAGCGGUACGGUAGUGGGAAAACUCUGAUCAACACCUUGAGCAAAAAACAUUUGGCCGAAGAACCGCUAGCCGGUGGGAGUAAUCUCUACGUUCGCAAGCAGAAAGUGAUUGAACCCAAGCCCAUACCCGUGAUCAAUAUUGAUCCAGACCCGGAUCCGAUCGCUGCCGGCACGAUUGAAUGUUUAGUAGGUGGAACGGAAGCGAUCACGAUACCAUCCAUAUCAUCCGGUCCGAUUCUGAUAUCCACAUCCGAUCUCGAGGGUAACGACGAGGAUGAUGACGUCGUCAUGGAAGAAGACAAGCUUAAAGAGCUUGAAGAUCUUAUGUGCGUCGUCUGCCGCUUGAUGGACGUGAGUGCCCGAAACCGGUUGGUCGAAUGCGCCGACUGUCACGCGCUAUAUCACCAGGAAUGCCACAAACCGGUGAUUUCGGAAGCAGAUGCUAAUGAUGAGGAAAAUGCGUGGUACUGCACCCUCUGCCGUAGCAAGCAGACGGUCACAAAGCUGACGCCUUCAAUGCUACCGACACCAACGAUUGCCAUAGCAACGUCUCCGUCGCCGACCACCGGGAGCUCUUCUUCGAAAUCCUCGUCACAUUCGAAGAGCGGCAGUAGUAGCAGCAAAUUAGCGGAUUCUUCGUCCAGCAGCGGCAGCAAGCACAAAUCUUCAAGCUCUAAAAGUGGCAGCAGCUCGAGCAAAUCUUCCGAUUCUUCACAUGAACGCGAUAGGGAUCGCGACCGUGACCGAAGUGAACGGGAUCGAGACCGUGAGCGGGAACGCGACCGUGAUCGUGAUCGCGACCGCGAUCGUGAGAAAGAUCGUGACAGAUCGUCCAAGUCUUCCUCCAGCGGUGGAGCUGGCACGUCCUCGUCGUCCAGUGCCAGCAAUACGACCGCUAGUGCGGGUACCGUUGGUACACCCAACAUUAACAUAAUUAGCGCGGAUAAACGGUUGCAAAUGAUGAAGAAAAAGGCUGCCAAAAUGCAGGAUAGCAAACGAAAGCACAAGUAG